AAACAGGGGAAUGGCUUCUUGGCUUGUCUGUUGUUGGGUUUUUUUUGUACAAGUCUUGUCAUUUGUGGCUAAAACGAAAGGAGGAAAGGUUCCUGCUAUCAUAGUGUUUGGGGACUCAUCAGUGGAUGCAGGGAACAACAAUGUGAUUUCGACACUCCUGAAGAGCAACUUCAGGCCUUAUGGUCGUGAUUUUGAAGGCGGACGACCCACCGGACGGUUCUCUAAUGGUCGCAUUCCUCCUGAUUUCAUUGCUGAGGCUUUUGGGGUCAAGCCAAACGUACCAGCCUACUUGGAUCCAAAUUAUGGUAUUUCGGAUUUUGCAACUGGAGUCUGCUUUGCUUCUGCUGGGACUGGCUAUGACAAUGCUACCUCCGAUGUCCUCAAUGUGAUUCCACUGUGGAGAGAGUUGGAGUACUAUAAGGAUUACCAAGCCAAACUGAAAGCCUAUGUUGGGGAUAAGAAGGCCAAGGAGAUCUUGACCGAGGCUCUGUACUUAAUGAGCUUAGGAACAAACGAUUUCCUUGAAAACUACUACACAUUCCCUACUCGGAGAUCCCAAUUCUCUGUAAAGCAGUACGGGGAUUUUCUUAUCGGAAUUGCAAGAAGUUUUAUCACCGAUGUUUAUAAGCUCGGAGCUCGGAAAAUAUCACUAACUGGGCUUCCUCCGAUGGGGUGUCUGCCGUUGGAGAGAAGCACGAAUUUCAUGCACCAUAGCGGGUGUCUGGAGAAGUACAACAAUGUGGCUUUGGAUUUUAAUGGCAAGUUGGGGGCUAUGGUUGCACAACUGAACAAGGAACUUCCAGGGCUUAAUAUGGUAUUCGCAAACGCCUAUGAAAUUCUUGACAACAUCAUUAGACAGCCCUCAAGCUUUGGAUUUCAGGUGGCAGGAGUAGCAUGUUGUGCUACUGGAACCUUUGAGAUGAGUUAUCUGUGCAAUCAAGAAAACCCAUUUACGUGCAUGGAUGCCAAUAAAUAUGUGUUUUGGGAUGCCUUCCAUCCUACUGAGAGAACUAAUCAGAUAGUUUCAGAGCAUUUGAUUCCUGAACUUCUGUCAAGGUUUGGUUGAAGAGACUUGAAUUUGAUGCGUCAAUGUCAAGCUAUAUAUGUGUAUCUAGAGUGAGUUGAGUUUUUCGGAUUUGGUCAAAUAUUUGUCAGAUUACUUAUGAUAGGUACCAUCUUCAAUAUAAAAAUGGGAAAAAAUAUUCCCA